AUGAAAAAACAGAAGAAAAUUCUAUGGAAGAAAGGAAUUCACUUAGCCUUUUCUGAGAAAUGGAAUGCGGGAUUUGGAGGCUUUAAGAAACUCUAUUUUCCCCAAAACUUGUGCUUUCUGAAAGCUAAGCUGGGAAGGCCAGUUGUUUGGCAUCGGCAGUCGAAGCAUUUCCAGUGUAAUAAGAGGGGUCUUCACAUCCAGAAAACAUGGACCCAGGAUGUACCACUUUGUUCAAAGACCAAGUCUGGAGUGGCCACUCAAAAUGUUAGUUCUUUGUAUGCCAAAGUGAAAAGAAAGGACACUAAGCACUUCAUUUCCUCCUCCAGGAGUCUCCUGAAACUCCAAGCAGAUAAAUUACUUUCUUCAGCAAAGAACUUGGGCCGUGAAUGCUACAGAGAGAAGAGCCUUCUGAAGGCAGUUACUGGCUUGUCGGCAAACACUGUUUUAGGUAAGGCCAAUGGUCACAAACCUAGCACGGACCCACAAGCCUCAGACUUUCCCAUGAAGUUCAAUGGGGAGAGACAAAGUCCAAGUGACAGUGGCAAGACUGUGGUUUUGAACAAACAUAGAAAACGAGUUUGUUAUGGCUGCUACCAAGGGCUAGAGCACCACAGGAACAGGAGACCCCUGAUUCCAAAAAAGUUCCAACCUAACCAACAUCGAAGAGUCAAAGUGUCUCUUAUGAUGUAUGAGAAACUAUCCAUGAUUAGAUUUCGGUAUAGGAUUUUCAGAUCCCAGCACUUCAGAACGAAAAGCAGAGUUUGCAAGCUAAGAAAAGCCCAGCGAAGCUGGGUGCAGAAGGUCACUGGGGACCAUCAAGAGAACCUUAGGGAUAACAACACUGAGGGUGGCGAUUGCAGCCUAGUCCCUUCCCUAGAACCUAAAGACCCUUGUCGGUGUCAGCCAUACUUUCCAGACAUGGACAGUAGUGCUGUGGUGAAGGGAAAAAACUGUCAUGUGCCUGAUGGCCACACUAAAGAAAGUCCUGCCUUGGACAAGGAGCAUGGUUUAGAUGCAGCAUUCCCUGACCAGCAGAAUGGCAGUACCACAUACACUUGGGACCAGUCAUCCUCUUCUCCUAAGUGGGAGUGUACAGAGCAAAUUCAUGAAAUCCCUUUGAUGGAACAUCCUUCUAGUGACAACUUCACUCCGGGAACUGAAAGAGCUCUUAUGACUCUGGGUCAGGAAAGCGGGACAAGUGCUGUCAGCAGUGACGGAGUGAAGCUGUCAGUGUCUGGAGCAGACGAAUCUGUGAGUAGUGUAGAUGGUCCUGUGUCUGAGGAACCCGCUCAGAACGAGAACUUCCAGAUGGAGGAGGAUGGGUCUCUCAAGCAGAACAUUCUUAGUUCGAAGCUGCUGGACCACCCUUACUGUAAGAGUCCACUGGAUGCUCCCUUGGUGUGCAGUGAACUCAAAGUAGAAAACCAAGUGGCAGGUGGCAAGAGUGGCCAGACAGCGUCUCCAGUGGAUGAUGAGCAGCUCUCGACCUGCCUUUCUGGGUUCCUAGACGAGGUUAUGAAAAAGUAUGGAAGUCUGGUCCCACUCAGUGAGAAAGAUGUCCUUGGGAGAUUAAAAGAUGUCUUUAAUGAAGACUUUUCUAAUAGAAAACCAUUUAUCAAUAGGGAAAUAACAAACUACCGGGCCAGGCAUCAAAAGUGUAACUUCCGAAUCUUCUACAACAAGCACAUGCUGGAUAUGGACGACCUGGCAACUUUGGAUGGUCAGAAUUGGUUGAAUGACCAGGUUAUUAAUAUGUAUGGCGAGCUGAUAAUGGACGCAGUCCCCGACAAGGUCCACUUCUUCAACAGCUUUUUCCAUAGACAGCUGGUAACCAAAGGCUAUAAUGGAGUUAAGAGAUGGACUAAGAAGGUGGAUUUGUUUAAAAAGAGUCUUCUGUUGAUUCCCAUCCACCUGGAGGUCCACUGGUCUCUCAUUACUGUGACACUCUCCAGUCGGAUUAUUUCAUUUUAUGAUUCCCAAGGCAUUCAUUUUAAAUUUUGUGUAGAGAAUAUAAGAAAGUAUUUGCUGACUGAAGCCAGAGAAAAAAAUAGACCUGAAUUUCUUCAGGGUUGGCAGACUGCUGUUACAAAGUGUAUUCCACAACAGAAAAAUGACAGUGACUGUGGAGUCUUUGUGCUCCAGUACUGCAAGUGCCUCGCCCUAGAGCAGCCUUUCCAGUUUUCUCAAGAAGACAUGCCUCGAGUGCGGAAGAGGAUCUAUAAGGAGCUGUGUGAGUGCCGGCUCCUGGACUGACACUCACUCAGCAGGGACUCCAGAAGGCGCCAUGUUGGAGCAGAUGGUUUGUUACUUGAAUCUCCAAACACUUACUGAAUCUUUACAGAUACUUCAGAUUGGUGGUAUUGGGCCACUUAUUGUUACCUCAGAUUUAUUUUUGCCCUUCAUUUCUCCUGCUAUCAUGUACUUUUUUUUAAUGUUCAAUUUAGUUUCAUUUUUAACUUUAUGGAUUCCAUACGUCCCUCCCAUAUUUAAUAUUUAUUAUCCAAACGCAUGCAUAUAGACAGAGCAUGCAGUAAAGAGUAUUAAAAAAAAGCCUAGUAGAUUUGGUGCAGCUUUUGAAACAUAGUUAGAUGUGAACUGAAUACAGGUUUAAAAGUUAACCCCAGAACCUAAAAAUGCAAGAUGUUUUUGAUACAGCAUAGUCAGAAUAGAUGUUCCCCAUGGCAUAAAGGGUAGCUAGGAGUGUUGUGGAAAGCCAGUCAUGUUUCCCUUACAGCACCUUUUGCUCAUCCCUCCGAUGAGUCUCCAGCAUGAGACACAUUCCUUCUGAAGGCCAGAGGGGCUAUUCUGCUGAGGGGUGUGGUGCUCGCAAGCACAGUGCUGUUUGAGAAGAGUUAAGGUAUGAGGAAAAGCAGCUUCCUUGGGUGCCAGUUAGCUUAUUCUCUAAAAAGGCAAGGGGAGGGGUUAUUUUGAUUUGUCUGAGACAAAGUCUCACUAUGUAGCCUAAGCUGUCCUGGAGCUCCCAGUACCUAGGCUGGCCUCAAACUCGAGCUAAACCUGUCUCUGUCUCCUAGUCUGGUAACAUAGUACAUACCAACACACUCUACAGGAAGAGUCUCAUUUUGGUUUUAAGAUUUAUAAUAUGUAGAAUAAAUCUCAUGAAGGUUUUUCCUGAGACACUGAAUUUUCUUGGAUUUUUUUUUUUCUGGGUUUGACUUGUAAAAAAAAAAAAACAGCAUUCAUCAAACUCAUAGUUAAAUAAAUGAGAAUUUGGCUUUCAUGGAAGUAA